UCAUAGCGGAAGUGAUUUAUUUACAUUCUUACUUAACAACUGAAAAACGAAACUAUCAUGGCUGAAAGAUGCCAUAUAUGUAAAUAUGAUAGCAAAGUUGUUACUUCAAUUUGUCUCAAAUGUCAUAAAUCAGUCUGCUAUUCAUGUGGGGUUCGGCAUUUUUAUCAACAAUAUGACCAUCGUCCAGGACUCAGAAUUGACAGUUUGGAUAUCUGCUGCCAGCAUUCUAAAUAUCGAGAUAUUUACUGCCAAACAUGCGAUGAUGUGAUGUGCAUUAAGUGUUUAGCUAGGACUCACAAACAUCAUACACAUUGUAAUCUUGAGGAGGUUGUUAUCAAACUUGCAGAUUCAAAAUUACCCUCGGUUAAAAAAGAUCGCGAAGAAUCAGAAAAAGCUGUUCAGAAACUGGACUCAAAAAUAAAAAAGAGGCAAAAAAUCUGGGACUCGUUUUUGCAGGAUGCUGUAUCGUUCGAUGUAUUAUUGAAACAACAAACUAAUCAUAUAGAAAGUUUGCUCUUCAGAAAGAAACAUGAAGUAAGAGAUAUUUUUGAAGGCGUUCAUAAGGAUGUGGCAAUUUUCUUGGAACAAAUGAGAAACUUAAAAAUCGCCAGAAAAAUAGAACAUGAAAAAGAAAAAACUUUAUCAGAAGCUUUGCAUGCUAUAUCCAAACAUCGAAAUGCCACAGAAUUUGUUCGUCGGUGUCUGCAGUUACGAAAUGAUAUACAAAACUGUGUAACAAUUCCAAAGGCUGUUGGAGACGAGAUUCCCACCCUUCAACUUAGAUACGACAAACACCCUGUCAGUGAAAUAGAAAAGGUUCUUCCCUGCAUUUACUUUGGUAACAGGAUAAGCAGUUCAAAAACAUCGUCCAACCCAAAGAAAAAAGAGAAUAAAGUACGGGAAAUAGACGAUUUGGUGGCAGAUUUGGCAAAGAAGGACAAUCAACUGAGAUUGACCACUGCAGUAAUUGAAAUAAUGACUGAAAAUACAAGAAAGCUUAGCGAAGCUUGUGAAAUGCCAGAUAGCUCCAUACAGUUUGAAGAACCUCCAAACCUACAGGUUUUACCUGGUAUUCAGAAUGCAUAUCAGACAUUUUCUCAGUGCAUGAAUGGAAUCAAAAGAAAUUUGAGGGAGUGGAACACAAUGAAACAGGAGUCCUUAGAAAAAAAAGCUGUACAAUCACACAGGGACAUGCGAGAACACAGUCAGGUAUCGCAAGAAAGAAUUCAUAGAGAAAACACGGAAAUGGAACUGAAGAAGUGGCAUGACAGUGCAUUACAGAUGCAAGACAGUGUCGAAUCCUUACAACGAAGGAUAUCCAGCCUUCAACAUCAGCUUAAAGAAGCAGAAAAUGACAAAGAAGAUUUAAAAACAAGGUUAAGUCAAGUUGCGGGUGCAAAGUUAACAGCAGGAAAUUCUAAUAUAGCAGAUCUUGGAGAUAAAUACCGACCAACAAGAAUCGCUGAGAUAUAUUCGGAGACAUACGACUCAGAGUGGACUGAAGCAAUGGAUAAUGCUUUUGAACUCAAGAGAGGAUGGUCAGAAGAAAUGAUUAUCCGCAAUUUGUUAAUUGUAUUACAGGGCUGCUUCCUUACCUGCCAGCAACUGGCCAAUAAACAAAUGAAGACAUUAUUAAGUGAGAUGUUUAUAGACGUACCUGAAACACAUGUUACGAAAUAUGCGGAAAAACAUUUCGCCGAAGUUAAGCAGUUAAAAGAUGCCAGAAAGGGCACAGCUCCUGAUGUUGCGAUACUGUUGAAGGAGAAAAUUUUGGUUCAUCAGGUCUUCAAGAAAUACUGCACAGAGAACAAGCAUUAUGAUAAGGUUCUUAUAAGUGAAUUAACUAAGACAAAAUACGCCGAACGUUGUGUCUUUGUUAGUUGGUUAAUGGUGGUCCAAGAUCCAGAAAUGUAUAUUGAUGAACAACAAAGAGAGGGAGACACCCUGGACAAAGACAAGUACAAGGAGUAUACACAAAGUGGCAAAACAAUUUCUUUUAAUGUUUGGCCAGCAUUAUAUCUAUACAAAGAUGGCCCUUUGCUGAUAAAAGGUGUUGCUCAGCCUGUUAAUCAGUCUAAGUAAACAGCAUAUAUGUCAGUACAACUGCUUUUGAUUUGACUUAAAGGAAUUCUCAGACUGAAACUUAAGAUUGAUAUUGUCAUUUGGCAAACCUUUCGGAAUUCUGGCUUACAAAAUGUUAACCCUGGUAUCUAUGAUUAGUUUAUUAAUAAAUAUUAUAAUAUUAGUAUAUCAGAUAAAAAUGUAUAUUUUCUAUACUCUUAUAUUGUAUUUUAUAUUUACAUUGUGUACAUAAAUGUAGUUUGUUUGAUAAUUUGAAAAUUUAAAUCGGUAGAAGGGUUUAUCACAUAAUAUUAACUUGUGUCGUAAAGGCAAACGAGAGAGUAUUCAUUCAAACAUUAUUUCGUAUACUUUACAGCUUGUCAUGCUUGGUCUAUAUAUUAUGAAGCUUAAGAAAAAGUUUUAAAUAGAAAACCUGACAUUUGAGCGAAAGUGAAUUUUGAAAUAUAAAUGAACACCAGGAGUUGACUUGGAGAGAGAAAUAUGGUAAUCUCUGGAUUUAACGACGGUAUAGUAUACUGUAUAGUAUACCCAUAUUAUAGAGGGGCGUCGAUUUGUUUCUGUGGGAUGUAUAAAUACGCAACCACGUUGGGUCAGAUUGGGGACGUUAAUUACAAUGAAUCAUAUAGGAGAGUUCCACGCUCUAUGCACGCAAAAGAAUCCUUGAAAUAACUUUUUGAGGCAGUAGAUAUUUUGUUGCAAGGCAACGUUUCCUCCUUUAUCCAACAUACCCUAAUGUUGCAAUGGAAGUAUAAUUCACGCCCUUCAUCCUGGUCCAACAAAUAUAUGUCACUUGAGGUUAAGCAAGCAAUUAUCAAUCAAUAAAAAAAUGUAAAUGUUAAUUGUGCGCAUAUUUUUUUUUUAUGUAGAAUAGAAUAUGGAAACGGGGAAUGUGUCAAGGAGACAACAACCCGACCAAAGGGCAGAAAACAGCCCAAGGCCACCAAUCGGUCUUCAACGCAACGAGAAAAUCCCGCAACCGGAGGUGGGUAUCAGCUGGUCCCUGAACAAUAAUUUAUAACAGUUCAGAGAAAUGAACAUCACACUAAACUCCGAAAUAUUCAAAUGAACCAGAUUUAAAAAAACAACACACAAGACUAACAAACUCAAGAGGUAUAUGCUUGUAUAAUUUUAAUCAAAAUACUUAAUUUUCUUCAAACACAAACGUAUACAAGGGGUUAAUACAUACACAAUCUACAUAAAAUGUUAGUGUAUAAAAGCAAUUGAUUUUUCAUGACAAAGAAGUUUACAAUGUUUUGCUUAUUUCAUUUUAAAGGAUACAAAUAUAUUUAGGAACAGUAAGUACCUAGUAUAUAUAUAUCUACAACAAAUGAAAUUUUUCGAAGAUAAAUACAUAUUUUCUUAAACACCUGUUACCAAAAGAAAUUAAACAAAGAAUUUCUGUUUGGAGUAUAAUUCUAAGUAGUAAGACGGUAUGAGAUCUUGCCUUUAAAGUGACACCAGCAGGGUGUGAAAUUUUAAACAAAUAAUGGUUUUCAUCGCCAAUAUUUGGUCAUAUUUUGUUUACAAAGAUGAUACACCCAGUCUUCCUUUGAAAUAUUUAUCCGUUUUCACUAUUCAUGCAAUUUGGAAAGUAAUAUUAGCACAAGUCAUAUAAAUUUAGCCAUAUAUAAUAUAUCAGUUUGUGCAAAUCGGAAUCAAUAACACUUUAAUUGAAACAUAGUUUUAAAUGAACAUAUAUAGUUUUAGAAAACAGAAAAUGUCAUAUAUGUGAUGGUUUUAUUGAAGACGAGGCGCGUGUUUUAUUGAGAUGAUCUCUUUAUGACGAUUUUAGAAACCAUUUAUAUUAUGUUGCUGAAACUUUUAAUGUAAAAUUUUAAUUUGUCAUUUAGAUGACGACCAAACAUUAGUGUUUUCAUUCUCAGAUGUAAAUAUGAUUAAUAUGUAUGCCAACACCUGUUAUUUAAUUUUAAGAAGACGGAGAAAUUGUAUUUACUGCAAAUAGUACAUUAUUUUACUAGUUUGAAGCUAGCCGGCGUUAAUAUUCAUGAGGCUAGCCGUCAAUGAUAUUCAUGAGAUGAGACCGCGUUCGAUGAAGUGGUGUGGGUAAUCAAUAUAUUGUGACAAUAAAAAUGUUUAAUUAUAGGUUUCUUGACGAGUCUAAAGAAUUGUGUAUAGAUUGAUAUACACUUGAGUUAUUUAAUUUCAAUAUAAUAAUGAUAACCGACCCUUUGCAUAUUGCAUUAUUCUAACUCAUAUAAAAUAACCAGGUCAUCUUCAUACAAUAUUUAAGACGUUCCAAUAACAUGUUAUUUCUAUUUUCAACUUCGCCAUACAUGUAUAUGGCGAGAUAGCUCGGAUAAUGUAACUUUUAUCAUGGAAUGUGUAAUGACUUUACCUAUUUUGAAUUGUAGCAAGAAAAUGAGUCACGUGACCCUAAUUUCUAUUUGUAGCAAGGAAACGAGUCACAUGAUCCUAAUUUCUCUUUUUAUUGUCUGAAAGCUCAUUAUUAGAGAUCUCUUCUUUUAUUUUAUCGUAAAAUUCUAUCGUUUGGUCGUCUUUCUAUCACACAAAAUUGGGUUUUUCAUGUAUAAUAUAUACACAAAAUGACAAUUUUGCACAACCUGUAGCUUGAAAAAAGCCCCGUGACUCAUGCUGUUUCCUAUAUUUAAAAAAAAAUCAUUAUAAACACUACAUUUAAGCAAAUUAUUAAAAAGUUAUAUCGAUUUUAAUUAAGACCCCCAUCUACCGUAAGCAUAUUUAGAUAAAUUCUAAC